CUGAAGUGCAGACGAGUUAGAGAGGGAAACUUAACACAAAAUAUCUUCCAGAGACCUUUCUAUUGGAGUCUUCACCAGUGUACACUCUGCAAAAACAUGGCUGAUUGCAAAGAGAUUGUUGGUACAAACGUUUCCAGUCCAGAGUUCAUCCAGGAGCUUUUUCCGGCUGCGGAGCGAACAGCUCUUCUCUAUCAUAUGUCUUACCUGUGUCUGGGUGGUUUCCCAAACUUGGAGCGUCUGCUGAGGCAACGAGCCAUUGAAACACAAAUGCUGUUUGGAUCCUCUGAAGCCCUUCUGAUGAAGUGCACAGGAACCAGUGAAAACCUGGUUAAGUCACUGCUGCCCUUUCUGAAGGUGGCUGUGGAGAAGAAUAAUCCAGAAUUAGCACGGAACUUCCUAGAAAAAGCCAAAGGAUGGAUCGAGGAUAUCAUAAAUGAUGUUAAAGAAAUUGUGACGAGAUAUGAGUGGUGUUGCUACCAGUAUUUUACAUCUCUGUCCGGUUUCACAGGUCUGAUGCCCAGUGUUACACACCUCGGUGAGGUCCAGAAGUGCCUGUCUCGAAUUCAGCAUAUUCUGCUUCAGCUCCAGAAGUUCUGGGAGAAAGUGGGAACUCAAAUGGACAUGCUGAAGAAAAGAACCGUGGCUGGGGAGGACUGUAUCAAUUACCUUGAAGAAAUGAAGGAAGAGUUCCUGGAAUCAAUUAAAGAAGCUAAAGAGGAAUGGAAAAAGUUUGGCAUCAGCUGCAUGAAGGCCAACCAGAUCUUCAGCGUUCAGUCGAGUCAGGCCUACAAGUUCCUGGAGGUCAGUCCUUCAUCUCUGUCCAAAGAAGAGUGGCAGAAAGAGUACGAGAGCGUGAAGCAGAAACUGGAGAAGAUCAGACCAUAUACCGUCAGUCAAAAUGCGAUCACACAGUGAGAUCUACAAAGAUGAUUUACUUGGAUUCACAUUUCAUGUUUCUGCUUUAUCAUGCAAACUCUGACCUGUCAUGCUGAUUUGAUCUUUCUCUAACUGAAUAUCCAAAAAAGUGGAAGUGGCAAAAAAACAAAUCUGAUUUUAUCUUUCUGUAACUGAUAUUCAUCUAGC